AAUUCAAAGGCAUGCAAGGUGUUCGAUGAAUUGCCCCAAUAGAAAUAGACACAGUAUAUGCUUUUUGACUUGUGUAUUAAUUUUUGUGAUUUGUGUUAGUGCAUACAGACCAAACAAACACCACAUAAAGUGCCCCACUGUCCAUUGCCCCCUUUCCCCCACAAAUGUAUGUAUUUAAAUGCAGCACUUGAUUGCCUUAAUGUUUACAAUACAAUUUGAUUUAUGGAUUGAUGAUCUUGUUCAUGGUCACAGCUGUAUUGUAGAGUGAGAAAGUUUUUAGAGAGAGAGUGAGAAAAAAAAAAAGAAGGGUUUAGUCUAAAAGGAUUUGUUGUGUGAUUUUAUCAUAUCCAUCAAUGGCUUGCAUUUGGAUUAGGGUUGUUUUUGUUGUGGCUUUGUGCUUCUCUUGCCUUGUCUUCAUGAAUGGUGCUGUCCCAAUUACAAGAAGUUCUAACAUGAUGGAUAAGCCUCGCCUUGAUGAGCCGGUCGAAACCCUUUUCUUGGAAGAUAUGAAGGUUGAGAGGAGAAUGGAGAUGGAGGUGACGGACUAUCCGGGAUCGGGGGCUAACAAUCGCCACACUCCCAGGGCUCAAAUAACUCGGAAUGAGAGGCUGCAUUGAGCCAAGAAGCUAAGGCCAUUGAGAAACAAAUAUCUUGGUAUUGUUGGCAUGAUUGAUCCCAUUAUAUAUAUCUUGAGGGUUUUUUCAUGGAAUUGAAGGGGAUGUUUGUUGGCUUGGUCUUGGUUCUUGAUUGCCAUGGCAUCUACUUCGUGUAUCUCUCUCUCUAUAUCUCUCUCUCUCUCUCUCUAUAUAUAUAUAUAUAUGUGAUAGAGGGAUUAAAUGGAUCUAUUGGCUUUCCAAAUUGGGGAUUACUAUGAAAGCCAUCAUCCAUGCACUUCAUGUGUCUUGGGAGAAAGUAGACUUACAUAUAUAUAUAUAUAUAUGUAUGUAUGUAUGUAGGCUUUUACGUAUGUAUGUGGUUGGAUUUGAGGUUACUUUGUGAUUUAGGUAUUGGUAGUGGUUGAUAUUCUAUAAUUAAAUUUAAUAUUUCUCUUUUAA